AUGCACUUCACAGCAACGGACAAUUCUUUAACAUCCUAUAAAGUUGUUGGGGUCAUUGGUACUGACGAUAGCGUAACAUCUGGCCCUGUAGCACAAAUCUUGAGUGUUUCUAACAUGCCUUUGAUAAGCUUUUGGGCAUCCAAUGACGCACUUAGUAAUAAGGUAUGAUUCUAGUCAUUUUUUAAAAUAUAUAUUAUAUUUGAAAAAAUAGCUUUAUGAGAAUGACACUUUGUAUAUUAAAAAAAUAUUUUAUCUUAAAGCAUAGAAAGAUUAAAAUAAUUUUACAUCAAACUUUCCCUUUAAAUGAAAAAAAAAUCUUCAGCCAGAAUUUUUUUUCUGAAUGGUGUGUGGAAAAUUACUGAGCGGGAGAGAAAUAGAUAUUAGUAAGAGAAAUAGUAAGUUUUAACAUUUUAAUUUUUCUAACUGGAUUUUUAGAGCUCUGUUUUCUUUCAAAAGGCUUAGAAUGUUAAAAAUGGAAGAUCACUCAAACUCAUGAAGCCAAAUAAUAAACCAAGCAUAUUCUUCUGUCACAGGCUUAGCUUGGGGUGCAAUUAGCGAUUUGCCCGAUAGGGUUGCGGCAAAAUUUAGCGUUCUAGGAAUCAAGUUGAUCGGAUCACCUUAACAUCAUGAUUUCCUAGUAUUUAAUCUAGAUUUAAACAUUGUUAAUAUAAUAAAAUAAAUUUAAACAAAUCUAAUCUACAAUGACAAUCUUUACACAAUUUAGCUCAUCUACCCAAACUUUUGGAGAGUUUUGGCACCAGACACGUACCUGCUGUUAGCUCUGACAGACUUCUUGACACUUCACAACUUCAACUAUGUCUCAGUCAUGUUCUCCGGCACACGUCGAUCAAUAUCCAUGUACUGGACAUUAAAGAGACAACUAUCUCUUAUGAAAAUAUGCGUUUCGAGAAAGUUGAUGAUUAAUGAGGGGACGAACAUUACCGAUUUAUUGUCUGAGAUGCUCAACGAUGAACUGGCCUCAAGGAUUAUCGUUGUCGUUGGAGACCAUAUGCUAACAAAUGCAAUCAUGUCGAGCGUUAGUGGAUCAGUGUUUGAAGGCAAGUUCCUGUGGAUAGGAAAUGACUUCUGGGGAAUAUUUAUUCACGAAAACCGAGCACCGCAAGGUUCAAUUGCCUUACAUUACAACAGUGUUCCACUUCCGGACUUUAGCAGUUAUCUUCGGGGACUAGACAUCCACAAUAAAAACCCAUGGUUCCUCAAAGCUUUAACAGAUAUCGAUGGCUGCAGUAACAUUGACUGCAUUAAUAGACGAAUAGAAACAACAAUUCAAAACCCCAACGAGGUUUUAGCUUUAAUGCACGAUUGUCCGUUUGUGAUCGCUCAUGCACUGGACAGAUUUUUAAGAUCAAAAUGCCCUGGAUUACGGGAAAAACUCGUUUCAAAUUGUUUUUACGCCAACUUCAACAGCUUUUCACAAUUUAUCUCAGAAGUUAAAUUUGAAAGAAAUUCACAGAUGUUCGAGUUUAGCAAACAACACCACGGCUUUGAGGUAUUCUCCAUGAUCCAGUCAGCUUUUGACAUAAGUGCUGUACCUUUAGAAAUAUCCCAAUACAGUAUUAGAAGGAGGACAACAAUGAUCAUCAACAGGAUCUCAACCUCACAGUUAUUGAUUCCGUACUCAAUGCUGGAACCCCAAAAUUAUUGCAUGAUCCCAUGUUCUGCGGGCGAGUAUCGAUUCUAUAUUUCACGGUGCUGUUGGAAGUGUAGAGAAUGUCAAGAUAACCAGAGGGUCAGUGAAGAUUUUAAAACCUGCGAACGAUGUCCUUCAUUGCACUGGCCGAAAAUCUCCAAAGGUAAAAGGAAUAAAUGCGAGAAGAUAACACCAGACCAUUUUGAUUUGUUUUCUCUAAAGUCCGCCAUAAUGAUUGUAGUCGCCUGUUUGGGGAUCAUCAGCGUCGUUUAUAUCCUCAGUGAAUAUCUCAAAAACAAAUCACACCCAGUGAUCAAAGCCUCGAGCCUAGAACUGAGCGUCAUUCAGCUUGUAUUCAUUUUGCUGGGCUAUUUUUCUGUGCCUGUUAUUGUAGACCGACCGACGGCUCUGAGAUGUACGAUUGGUACCCUGCUCUUCACCACCAGCUUCAAUAUCUCUUAUUUCACGAUGCUGAUAAAAGCCGUCAGAGUGUACCGUAUUUUCACGUUAUCCAAAAAGGGAAAGACAGUUACCUGCACGAGUCCAGCCUUUCAGGUGUCAGUUUGUGCAGCUUUUCUUUGCUGUGAGGUGAGGUCCUUUAAUUGA